AUGGGAAGAGGAAGUGGUUAUCAUAGAAUUGAGGAAGAAGCCUCUUAUGUUCCUAUUGAGGUUGAAGUAGAACAACCUAUUCAGGGUGGUAUGGGAAGAGAACAUGAGCAGUUAACUGGUAUGCAGAAAAUAGAGAAGGCUAUAACAGACUUGGCAGAACAAAAUAAACAAUUUAUGGCAAGUCAAAUCAUAAUACAAGAAAGGCUGGAAAGGCAACAGAAUGAAAAGAAAGGCUCGGAUUAUGAGAGCUUUAUAAAGCUAACACCCCGAGAGUUUUCAGGUACUACCAAACUAGAAGAAGCAGAGGGGUGGGUAAGAAGAAUUGAAUCAAUAUUUGUAGUGAUGGGUGCAACAGAAGACCAAAAAGUAAACUUAGCUACAUUUAUGUUAAAAAAUGAAGCCAGUUAUUGGUGGGACACGACAAAACAUUUAUUGCUUACUCCAGGAGAAAAAAAGGCGAUAUUCUGGAAUCCAUUUGUUAAAUCUUUUUAUGAGAAAUAUUUCCCACUAAUUCACAGAAAAGAGAAGGAACGGGAGUUUAUUCUCCUAAAACAAGAUAGAAUGUCUGUAGAUGAUUAUAAAGUUAAGUUUACAGCUUUAUCGAGGUUUGCACAUAAGUUUGUACAGAAUGAAGAAGACAAAUGUAAAAAAUUCUAG